UUUUAUAUAAUGCAUUUAACAUCAUUGUGCCAAUAAUAUUUUUCCUUGUUUUAAGUUGCAUACUUGAGAUAAAUUCCAAAGACUACUGAUGCUGCAGCUCUGGGUGCUGAUGUUUUAUGAGUACUUUUCAUGUGGUUGUAUCGUUUUACUAAAGGGUUGUGUUAACUCUCCUUCUGACUCCCGGGUCUUGUUUUGUCCCCUGGGCCUGGGAGUGCCCUUAUGGAAGUAUGAAGGUGAAUGCUCCCAGGUAACUGGAUAAGCAUGAGAUUGUAUGCUUUCUUAGACUGGCAAAAUUAAACAUACUUUACUGGGAUUUUUAAUUUUAAUUUUUUAUGACUUCGUCCAUAUUCUUAAGGGCCAGAUUGAAGAAUUUUUCUGGAAGCUUUGUUGAUGGUUUCACACUGUACUCAGUUCUGUCUGCAGAGAGUGCCUUCCUCUUUUCUUCUCUGCCUUAAAGAUGUGCCAGGCAGCCUUGCCCUCAUUUACUUCACAGCGGAGGAGACUCAGAUUCACCCCCUGCCAAUCUCAUCUUCUGUUUUGCUAGCUACCCUUACCAAGGAAGAAGUAGGCUUGUAGUGGCUUAUUUCCAGAGGAAAGUGGAGUUCCAUUUGAGUGACAACUGAAGAUAAGGCAUUUUGCCUUUAUCCAGGAGUGAAUCCUCAGCCAGCAUUGCCCUUUUGGUCAGUUGCUGAUCUAAGUUUCAUUGGUAUGUUAAGUUCGCCUUCUGGUAGGAAGGGAAUUUUGUCCCUGCAUUAUGUAUACUUCCAUUUAAUAAUGAAAUGGGGACACUGAGUAACCCCAUUCUUUGACUUGACAGUUCUGAACAGAAAUUGUUAAUGACAUGUAAAAGUUGCUUUCCCCCAAAUUAUAGAAGAGUAUUAGAAGGAACAGUUAUAGGAUCACAUUUGUAAGAAGCAUUAUUAUAAUUAUGGCAGGCUGAUAACCAUAAAGCCUUAGUGUUUUUAUAAUGUAAUACAUUAUAGUAAUAUUAGCAAUGUAAUUGUAAUCUUGAACUUUGUUAGGGACUAUUUUCAUGAAUAUUAAGGUGGAUGAAUCCUGGUUCUGGAUAAUAGAUUAGAGCACAGCUUAGAAAAUGAUUAUCAUAAUCCUUAAAUACACAGGCAGUGGACUUUGUGCUAAAUCUGUAUGCUGAACUAGCCUCUUCUCUAUAAUAAUUAUUCCACCGUCUUUUAUUCUAUUUUCUCCCCACCGGAGAACUUUUAAAAUGGAGCUGCACGCUAAGAUUUCUGCUAUAAGCUGUCUGUAAACACUUUGACGUAAACAGGCUGAAAAUGACAUCGCAGGAAGAUGGGUGCCAUUUGUUUAAUUAGUAAGAGGUUAAUAAUCUUGAAGGAUGAAGGAGAACUUUAAACUCAAUUGCAUGUUUGUUCAAAACUGUUUUGCAGCAUUAUUUUGAGAGAUUUCACAAGGAAAAGACCCUAUAAGACAGUGGAGGAUUCCCAUCCGUUGACCAGGUUUCUUCCCAAGCAGUUCGCAAGGCUGUGAUGCAUUUCUUCGCCACAAGAUGACGCUGAUAUCUCCCUCAGUAUUAAAGAAGUAUGGUAUUCCCUUUGACAAGAUCACCCAGGAGGCUGGAGAAUUUAUGAUCACUUUCCCAUAUGGCUACCAUGCUGGUUUUAAUCAUGGUUUCAACUGUGCAGAAUCGACAAAUUUUGCUACUGUCAGAUGGAUUGACUAUGGGAAAGUUGCUAAAUUGUGUACCUGCAGGAAAGACAUGGUGAAGAUUUCAAUGGAUAUCUUUGUGAGGAAAUUUCAGCCGGACAGAUACCAGCUUUGGAAGCAAGGAAAGGAUAUCUACACCAUCGAUCACACGAAGCCUACUCCGGAAUCCACCCCUGAAGUAAAAGCCUGGCUGCAGAGGAGGAGGAAAGUAAGAAAAGCAUCCAAGAGCUUCCAGGGCACUAGUUCUCAGUCUAAGAGGCCUAAGAAUGAGGAGGAUGGGGAAGUGUUGGCUGCAGUCGAGGGGGCAGAGGGCCCCACCUCUGACCCACACCCAGAUGACCUCAAGGCCAGUGAAAAGCCAGAAGCAGCAGCGAAACUGGGGAACACACAAGCGCCUUCAGAGGAAGACGCCUCUGCUAGCAGGAUGCAGCUGGAUCAGAAUUCAUCAGAGAAUAUCAGACUUUCAGGAAACAGCUGCUCAAGCACAUCUAUAAUGGAGGAAACAAAAACUGAGAAUGACCAAGCCUGUGUCACAAUUCCACCUUCGAAUCCCAGUGAGGCUGAUAAUUCUGCAUCUAGUGGCCAUGUGACAUCUGAGGAGUUAGACCCACCGAAGCUUCCAUGGCCAAAGUCACCUGAGUCCUGCUCCUCAAUGGCAGAGAGUAACAGCGUGUUGACAGAGGGAGAAGAGAGUGAUGUGGAGAGCCGUGGGAGUGGCCUUGAACCUGGGGAAGUCCCAGCUGUCCCCAGUGGAGAGAGAAAUGGCUUCAAAGUCCCCACUAGAAUAGAGGGAGAAACCAAAACUGCUAAAAGUUGGCGCCAUCCACUCAGUAAACCUCCAGCAAGAUCCCCAAUGACUCUGGUGAAGCAGCAGGCAACCAGUGAUGAAGAAUUGCUUGAGGUUCCAUCAAUUGAGGAGGAAGUGGAAGAAACGGAGUCUUGGGCGAAGCCGCUGGUCCACCUUUGGCAGACGAAGUCCCCAAACUUUGCGGCUGAACAAGAGUACAAUGCAGCCGUGGCCAGAAUGGAGCCCCACUGUGCCAUCUGUGCUCUCCUCAUGCCGUACUACAAGCCAGAUAGCAGCAAUGAAGAAAAUGAUUCUAGAUGGGAGACAAAAUUAGACGAAGUGGUUACUUCGGGUGGAAAGACUAAGCCCCUCAUUCCAGAGAUGUGUUUUAUUUAUAGUGAAGAAAAUAUAGAAUAUUCUCCACCUAAUGCCUUCCUGGAAGAGGAUGGAACAAGUCUUCUGAUUUCCUGUGCAAAGUGCUGCGUACGGGUUCAUGCAAGUUGUUAUGGUAUCCCUUCUCAUGAGAUCUGUGAUGGAUGGCUGUGUGCCCGGUGCAAAAGAAAUGCAUGGUCAGCAGAAUGCUGUCUCUGCAAUUUGAGAGGGGGUGCUCUUAAGGAAACUAAGAACAAUAAGUGGGCCCAUGUCAUGUGUGCCGUUGCAGUCCCAGAAGUUCGAUUCACUAAUGUCCCAGAAAGGACACAGAUAGAUGUAGGCAGAAUACCUUUACAGAGGUUAAAAUUGAAAUGCAUCUUCUGCAGACACCGGGUAAAGAAGGUCUCUGGAGCCUGUAUCCAGUGUUCCUAUGGCCGCUGCCCAGCCUCCUUCCACGUUACAUGUGCUCAUGCGGCUGGGGUGCUGAUGGAGCCUGACGACUGGCCAUACGUCGUGAACAUCACAUGUUUUCGACAUAAGGUCAACCCAAAUGUGAAGUCCAAGGCUGGUGAGAAGGGCAUCUCCGUGGGCCAGACAGUCAUCACGAAGCAUCGGAACACCCGGUACUACAGCUGCCGAGUGAUGGCCGUGACCUCGCAGACCUUCUACGAGGUCGUGUUUGAUGAUGGCUCCUUCAGCAGAGACACGUUCCCUGAGGAUAUUGUGAGCCGAGACUGUGUGAAGCUGGGCCCUCCUGCUGAGGGAGAAGUUGUCCAAGUCAAGUGGCCUGAUGGCAAACUCUACGGGGCAAAAUAUCUGGGAUCAAACGUUGCCCACAUGUACCAGGUUGAAUUUGAAGAUGGAUCCCAGAUAGCAAUGAAGAGAGAGGACAUCUACACUUUAGAUGAAGAGUUACCCAAGAGAGUGAAAGCUCGUUUUUCCACAGCCUCUGAUAUGCGAUUUGAAGACACCUUUUAUGGAGCAGACAUAAUCCAAGGGGAGAAAAAGAGACAAAGAGUGCUGAGCUCCAGGUUUAAGAACGAAUAUGUGGAUGACCCCGUGUACCGCACUUUUUUGAAGAGCUCUUUCCAGAAGAAGUGUCAGAAGAGACAAUAGUCUACCUAUGCUGCUGCAGGCAACGGAGCAGCUUGGGCCUGAAGAGGAAAGAUGAAGGGACAGCCUGGGGGCUGUGCCAUGUGUUUCGCUGGGGUAGGUGACAGGGUGUGUCUCUGACAGUGGAAGAUUUGGCUUCCCAGAGUUUGGUCACCAAAACACAAAAUACACGUAUUGUGAAUUGGAGACAGCAAUCUGAAGUCAUCUCCUGUUCUUGCUUUCACUUGUGAGCAGUUGUCUGCUGUGAUCCCAAAGAAUUUUUCUAAGUGCAAGGAAAUAAUACUGAACCACCCAUUAAAAAAGCCACUGCCAGAGAGGAGGUGGGUCCCCGCGGGCGGCUGAGACCCCGGUCGGGAAACACGUGGAGACGCCCUCCCCAUCCCAGCAGGUGGGGGCUCGACACCUGGGUGGGAGGGUGAUAAUUUAUACAUUGUUCACAGUCAGGGAAGGACUCUCACUUAUUUGUCUUAAAUGGCAGUUUUAUAAGACAUUUUUAAAAUACAAAUGGCAUGUAUGGUAACGAGACUUACCCGUGUGCUACCUGUAUUUCCCUUGUACAGAACUUUUACAUUUUUUUAUAUCCCUAUUACUUUUGAUUUUGUCUGAUGAGAACUGAGUUGUUGGCCUUUGUGAAAUUUUUGGCUCUUGAGAAAGAAUUCUUAUGAAUUGUAUGGGAAUUUUAUAUAUUUAAAGAGGGAGAUCUGGGACUGUUAUUUUUAAACACUUUUUUUUCAUAAUACGUAUUCUAAGUAGAUAUUUAUAAAUAUGUUUCUUUCAUUAUGUGUUUAUAAAAUUAGAGUUUAAAUAAAUAUGCUUUGAUGCAUAAUUUUGAACUAAUAUGAUUUUUCCUUUUUAAAACAGCCUGGAAAUGUACUAGUGUUUAAAAAUAAAGAUUUCCAUUUUCUCCAA